AUGGAUUCUUGCCAAGGUUCACAUGAAAUUGCAAAGCUGGAAGGAGAAUUUAUUGACGAAAGCGGGGAAGGAAAUCUUAAUCAAAUCGCUUAUACAAGCCAUUCCUCGCAUGCCAUGUCUAUCUUCAAAAUCCCUAUUUCGAUUUGCAAAGCUAUAGAGACGAAGGUGGCGAAUUUCUGGUGGAGAAACAGUACCCGGGAAUGCUUUGGGAUACAUUGGAAAAAAUGGGAAGAUCUGAAAAUCAGGAAGGACGAAGGGGGUCUUGGCUUCAAGGAUCUAAUAGCUUUUAAUAAGGCUAUGUUGGGAAAGCAAGCAUGGAGAAUUUCUCAGCAUCCUCGGUCCUUACUAAGCAAAGUAAUGAAAGGGUUGUACUAUCCACGAGUGAGUUUUGGAAGGCGGCAAAGGAUCAAGAUCCUCAUGGGGAUGGCGAGUAUAUUGAUGGGAAGAGACUCUAUUUCUCCGAACAUAAUGUUCUCCGUUGGGAAUGGUAAUGCAAUAUCGACUAGAGAGGACAAAUGGCUUAAAAGCGGAAAGAUUGGUGGCUCGGCUAUGGAUGGGGAACCAAGGCAGGUGGCUGGUCUCAUAGAUCCAGAGACUGGAAAUUGGAAUGAACAUUUGAUAAAAACAUUGUUUGGCGACCAAAAAGUCCAAGACAUAUUAGCAACACCAAUCGGAAUGCCUAAUGAAGAGGAUAGACUGGUAUGGGAGAAGACCAAAUCAGGGAUAUACACAGUUCAAAGUGGAUACUAUGCCAAUAGAGACAAUCCACCAUACAAAAAGCACAAGUAG